AUGUCGAACCAGCAGCAGCCGGCUCUGAGCUUUGAUCCUCUCACACAGAAAUCUCUCAGCAACCCGCUGCAGAUUAAAAAGACUGUCAUAACAGACGAUUACAGGGUAACAAGCCAGGCGCUCGGCAUGGGGAUAAAUGGCAAAGUGCUGGAAAUAUUUCACAAAGACAGUGAAGAAAAAUAUGCACUAAAGAUGCUUUACGACUCUCCAGAGGCCAGACGGGAGGUGGAGCUCCACUGGAGGGUUUCAUCUUGCCCCCACAUUGUACCCAUCAUAGACGUUUACGAGAAUCUCUAUCAGGGCAGGAAGUGUCUCCUUAUUGUGAUGGAGUGCAUGGAUGGAGGUGAAUUGUUUAGUCAUAUUCAAGACAGAGGUAAUAAUGCAUUUACAGAAAGAGAGGCCUCAGACAUCAUGAAAAGUAUAGGAGAAGCCAUACAUUUCCUGCAUUCCAUCAACAUUGCUCACAGAGACAUCAAGCCAGAGAAUCUGCUAUACACCUCCAAAAGCCCAGAUGCCCUGCUCAAGCUGACUGAUUUUGGGUUUGCUAAAGAAAUCACCACAAUAAACUCUUUAGCAACACCAUGCUUUACCCCUUACUAUGUCGCUCCAGAAGUUCUUGGUCCAGAGAAAUAUGACAGAUCCUGUGACAUGUGGUCUCUGGGUGUCAUUAUGUACAUUCUGCUUUGUGGAUAUCCUCCUUUUUUCUCACAUCAGGGUCUGGCAAUAUCUCCUGGGAUGAAAAGACGAAUCUGUAAAGGACAAUAUGAGUUCCCCAAAACGGAGUGGUCCGAUGUGUCUGAGGAAGCCAAACAGUUGAUUUGCCACUUACUGAAGACUGAGCCCACCCAGAGAAUGAGCAUCACAGAGUUCAUAAACCAUCCCUGGAUUAAUCAAUCGGUGGAGGUCCCACAAACGCCUCUUCACACCAGCCGCGUGCUGCACGAGGAGCAAGAUGUCUGGGAGAAGGUAAAGGAGGAAAUGACAAAUGCCCUGCAAACAAUGAGAGUGGACUAUGAUCAAAUUAAAAUCAAAACUAUUGAAGACUCAACUAACCCUCUACUCUUGAAGAGGAGGAAGAAAAUUAAAAAACUCCACACAGACUCCUCGCUAGUGAAAUAAAGACUUUUUAACAGGUAACACAAGUACACAUACGUAC